AUGAUUACCUCCGCUUUUGCGAUCGUAGUGCUUCAAAUACUUGCGACCACAACCAUAGUUUCAGGCGCUUCGGUUAUGCAUACUUCGAUACUCGAGUAUGGUGAUAUCAAGUACCUUGUUUCUAAAAACGUUGUCGGUACAAUUAAUAUUGAUAGUACCUCUAUAACCCGUCGUUCGAACUCGAGUUCUAGUCUUAAUAUACAAACACAUGAGAACCCAGAAAUAGCUAGUCUCGUUCCCAGUCGUCACAAAGGGCAGCACUCUGUUUGGGAGAUGGCCAUUCCUAUAACGAUAAUAGCCCUGGAUUUGAAUACAGUAAGCAAUAAUAAUAUAUCUUCAGAAUGGCUGAAAGCUACAAUUACAUCAAUGCUAUCUGCAGAUGAUGUAUUUGGGCCUUUCUUCCUGGAAACUGUAUUGUUCGGAGUAUUUGGAAAAAUACAACAAUCACCAACGAUUUUUGAGGAUGGUGUGAAAGUACUAGGAAGUCUUGGUGUGAAAGAUCAUUCCAUUCUAAGAGUUGAUGAUUCGAUUCCGAGUGGGCCGUAUUUCCUCCAGUCCGGGAGUAUCUACCAGGCAAUGAGACUGUAUCCCGAUCCGUAUGGUGCGUUCAUGUAUGGUGUCAUGCAAUCUGAAGAUGGCUUCGCUCGCCCACAUACCGAACUUAUUCCUGUCCCCUCUCGACUCUAUACCAACUCUUCCCUCCCCCUAUCCUCUAAAAGAAUAGCAGUGAAGGAUAUUAUAGAUCUCCGGAAUCUCCCCACUAGUGCUUCGUCGAAAGCCUAUGCGCAAUAUCACGGUUCCUCUAAAUCCACCGCAGAAGCAAUACAACAUUUAAUCUCUCUCGGGGCCGUUAUCAUUGGGAAAACCAAGACCACGCAGUUCGCAAACGGCGAAACAGCAAGAGAUUGGAUCGAUUUUCAGUGUCCGUUUAAUCCCCGCGCUGAUGGAUAUCUGGAUCCUGCAGGAAGUAGUACUGGUAGCGCGGUUGCGGUUGCCGGGUAUGAUUGGGUUGACUUUGCAGUAGGGACUGAUUCCUGUGGGAGUAUCAUUUGGCCUGCGGCUUUGCAAGGUGUGUUUGGAUUGAGACCGACGUUGGGGGUAUCAGAGUUGGAGGGGGUCAUGCCAUAUUCGAGCGUAAUGGAUACCAUGGGGUUCUUCGCCCGAGAUAUUCAGAACUUUCAACUUUUACAGGAAGUCUGGUAUGAUAAGAAGGGUCAGCGCAGACAGAAACCAUCCAGGAUAAUAGUUCCUAGCGGCGUCCUCGACUCCCUCCCUUCUGACAAACAGUCAGUCAUGGCGAAAUUUAUAGAAGAUGCGAAAAUAUCAACUGGGAUACCUUUAGCUGAGAUCGACAUCAAUGAAUUAUGGAAGUCCUCCGGUCUAGCCCCUAGGGAUAUAUCGUACACGGAAUAUCUACACUCUACAGUUGCCCACAUUCAAAUACACGAGUCCUACAUCAACGAAAAUACCUUCUAUAAUAAAUACAAGCAGAAGUUCGGGAGAUAUCCGUAUAUCAACCCAAUGGUAAUGCAUAAAUGGGAAAUUCAACGACAAAAUAUUUCAAUGGGGGACUAUCAAGAGGCCCUACAGAGGAUGGCUGUUUUCAAGGGGUUCCUUAGAUCUCAUGUUUUUAAUGGUGGGGCAGUGAUGAUGCUCCCGGCUGGCAGCGGGGAGGCAACAUAUAGAGAUGAGCUGAUCGCCCCGGAAAGCAUCGAUGUAUAUCUCCAGAGCUUUGGUUUUGAUAAUACAUUCUAUAGUAUUUUGGGAGGGUUGCCGAGUGUGGUGGUCCCAGUCGGCCAACGCCCAAUAACAUCGAAGGUCACAAAGGAAACAGUCUGGGAACCGAUCUCUAUGAUGAUCGUUGGACAAGCAGGCACCGAGGCCCAAAUAAUCGAUUUUGUUCGAAAAGUGCUAACGAAAUCCGGAAGACCGAUGGGAGUUCUGGUUGGGGAGAAGGCGUUUUAA